AUGUCUGCACCCCACGACCAGAACCGUCAUCCCCGCCGCCGUCCUCUUAAGGGUUCCGCAUCCCCUCUGAGCACCCAUGGCAUGCAGCUAAGGAAGAGCGGCACUUUCUCGUCGCCAACCCAUAUCUCGUCCGACAUCUGCGAGGUGGACCGAUUCUGCAUGCCCCGCCGCUCGCCUACCAACACUGACCGGCUGGAAGAGCUAGUCAACGACUCCAUCCAGGACCCUAACGUGCGUCGCGUCACCAACCUUCUCAAAGACUUCGAGGCGAGGGUCGCUGGCCAUAAGAGCGCUGUUACCGGCUGCGACCUUCUCAACGAUCCGGAGGUUCUUCCUGUCCCGAGCUUUGUCCUCGACAGCGCCCCAUUGGACCACACCCCAAUGGACAUUGACCCAAAGCCUACUGCAGUUGGACGCAGCCCCCAUGACCACGCUUCUGACAGCGGUCUGGGUUCCAGCAUCAGUGGAUCGAAAUACGGUAAGGAGUCACUGCAGCCACCCGUCUUGGAUGAGAACGCCCCACAUACUAACAUAUAUAAAGACGAGAUUCGCUCCCAGCGCUCGAGCGUCCGUGACUCCAUCAGCACUUCUAUCAGCUCGACGCAUUCGGCUGUCACCAGGUCCUUCUCAUCGCUCACCUUUUCAGAAGAGGAUCACGUGCUCGGCGAGCACACGUGCAAGCAGAUUCACGACUACAUCAUCAAGCCCAUUCUCGCCGAGGAGUCUCUCAAGGACUUCCACUCCCUCGUCAAGGACGUGCCUCGACGCAUAGGUGAGAAGAAUAUUCGCAACCUCCGUGACCUCGAGAAGACCCUCGUCUUCCUCGCACCCGUAAGUGGAAUCACCCGUUGUCUUUCUCAAAGUGCAGAAGCUUAUUGCAUUUUUCGUGGUUUAAAGGAGCUGUCGGCUUCCCCGGACUCGUACUUCCGCUUUUGCCAACGAUCGAUCCAACUCUUGGCUACGACCGUCCAGUACAUAUCCGAACAAGACCAGCGACUACCAACCGACCGCCCUUAUACUGACGGCUACUUCCUCGAUUUGAUGGAACAGAUUAGACGAUACGCUUCAAUCAUGGCUGCUACAAGAGAAAAAGAAACCAAGGGUGAGGAUCUGGACGAGAUGGAUUACUCACGCGAUGAGAAGAUCACCCUCCGCGGUGGCAUCAGCCACAACGGCCGUCCUGCCGAGCUCGUCCGGGAGAAGAACGGUAACGUCAUCCCCAUGUCGGUGGAAGCUUCAAACGCAUUCAGGAUCAAGCGUCGUCUGUCGGACGCCGACGAGGACAGCAUGGACGAGGACGAAGUAACCCGAUCCAUGGCGCGACGACGCAAGUCCGAGAAACCCGGAGACGUGAUGCACACUUGCCGUGACUGCAAGAAGGAGUUCAAGCGACCAUGCGACCUGACCAAGCACGAGAAGACCCACUCUCGCCCAUGGAAGUGCUCCGAGAAGAACUGCAAGUACUUCGAACUCGGCUGGCCGACUGAGAAGGAGCGUGAUAGGCACAUGAACGACAAGCACUCUGCUGCCCCUGCUCAGUACAAGUGUCUCUACCACCCAUGCACGUACGCUUCGAAGCGCGAGUCCAACUGCAAGCAGCACAUGGAGAAGGCUCAUGGCUGGGAAUAUGUUCGCUCCAAGAGCAACGGUCGCAAGAAGGGCGCUUCUGGCAGCGAGCACAGCCCCGCUACCCCUCUCACUCCCUUCAUCGGUACACCCAUGUCGGCGACCAUGACUACACCUAUCACACCAUUCGCUGCUUCGCCUCAAGUGCCCAUGAUCGAGAACUUUGACUGCUAUGGCUUCGGAACGCCGGCUAUGAGUGCUCACGGUUACCAAGAUGACUUCCGUCGUGACUCGAUCACCACCGAUGGCUCUCACUUCACAUACUCAUCAGGACAUUCGCCCGUUGAGCCCACAUCCUUCGACGAUGCUGUGACGCCAGAAGACACCCACAUCAACCACAACGACAUCUACAACGCCUGUGCACUGAACGCAAACUUCAACACGGGCUACCAGCAGCCAACCCCAAUGAGCACAGCGUUCGACUUCGCGCCGCUGCCAUUUGCGACGAAUAACAACAUGAACGGUCUGCCACAUCUAUCACCCAUGGCUCAGCCUGACAUCACCCUCUACUCACCAGACAUGGAUGAGGGCUUUGGCGGUGACAUGGACAUGACCAUGCAAGGCUUCAGUCGCCCCGGCCAGGACUUCACGUUGUUCGACACUGCGCCGCCCAGCCAGAUGACGUUCAACCACACGGCCAACUUCUUUCCCGAUUUCAACCAGGUUGGAGGCCAGUUCGACCCCCAAUACAUUGAGCCCACCACUACAUUGGAUGAUUUGAACUUUAUGGGCUUCGGGAACCAGCAGUAA